AAAAUUUAAAAAAAAAAAAAAAAAAAAUUGUUGGCACCAAACGGUCUCCAUCUCCAUUUCUUCUUUGUGUUGAAUUCUUGUUUGUACGUCCAAUUUGUAGACUUACAGAGAAGAAGAAGAAGAAGAAAUGGCUGCGAUGGCGAGGGCGAGCUCCGGGCUGCAAUAUCCCGACCGGUUCUACGCUGCAGCCUCUUAUGCCGGUUUUGAUGGAUCCCCGAAGUCGUCUUCAAAGGCCAUCAGGUCCAGGUUCUCUGACGAGGCUGCUCUGUUGUUGUAUGGCUUGUAUCAGCAGGCUACAGUAGGGCGUUGUAAUGUACCCGAACCCAGUAGUUGGCAUGCAAUCGAGAAAAGCAAGUGGAAGAGCUGGAAUGGGCUUGGAAAUAUGGCUCCUGUUGAAGCAAUGCGCCUUUUUGUGAAAAUAUUGGAGGAAGAAGAGCCAGGUUGGUAUUCAAGAGUAUCCGGCUUUGUACCAGAGCCAGAGCCGGUUUUAGAUGUUCAAAUUAAUAAUGACCCAAAAGCUGAGCCCGUCAAUGAAAAUGGGAAUUCAAUCCCUGAGACCAAGACUAUAUCAACGGAAAAUGGAAGUCUUCCUGAAACUCAGGAUAAGGAUGUUCUUGUGGAAGGUCUUGGCUCUAUCGUUGUCUACGAUCAGUGGAUUUCACCCCCAGUAUCUGGUCUGCGCCCGAAAGCACGAUAUGAGCAUGGAGCAGCAGUUAUUCAGGAUAAGAUGUAUAUUUUUGGAGGAAACCACAAUGGUCGCUAUCUCAACGAUCUUCAUGUUUUGGAUCUGAGAAGCUGGGCAUGGACAAAACCUGAGGCUAAGACCCAGUCACCGGAAUCACCUCCUGAAAAGCUAACCCCCUGUGCUGGUCAUUCUUUGAUAUCAUGGGAGAACAAACUUUUAUCAAUAGCUGGUCAUACAAAGGAUCCCUCUGAAGCUAUUCAGGUUAGGGUUUUUGAUGUACAAACCUCCACUUGGUCUACCUUGAAGACUUACGGAAAACCACCGGUUUCCCGAGGUGGUCAGUCGGUGACUCUUGUUGGAACAAGCUUGGUUAUAUUUGGCGGGCAAGAUGCAAAGAGAACUCUUCUGAAUGACUUGCACAUUCUUGACCUUGAAACCUUGACCUGGGAUGAAAUUGAUGCAGUCGGGGCUCCUCCCUCUCCAAGGUCUGAUCAUGCUGCUGCGGUACAUGCAGAACGCUAUCUCCUCAUCUUUGGUGGGGGUUCACAUGCUACUUGCUUCAAUGAUCUGCAUGUUCUUGAUUUGCAAGCUAUGGAAUGGUCAAGACCUACACAACAAGGUGAUAUACCAACUCCACGAGCUGGACAUGCAGGUGUUACAGUUGGAGAGAAUUGGUUCAUUGUUGGUGGUGGUGACAACAAGAAUGGGGUCUCGGAAACUGUUGUGCUGAAUAUGUCUACGCUUGUUUGGUCAGUUGUAACAUCUGUUCAAGGGCGUGUUCCUAUUGCUAGUGAGGGAAUUAGUUUGGUUGUAAGCUCCUAUGGUGGUGAAGACAUCCUCGUGGCAUUUGGAGGAUACAAUGGACGUUAUACCAAUGAGGUUAAUGUUCUCAAACCAAGCAACAAAUCAACACUGCAAUCGAAGAUGACAGAGACCUCUGUGCCGGACAGUGUUUCAGCUGUGCAUAACAUCACCAACAGGGAUGUUGAAUCCGAGUUUGAAGCGACACAAGAAGGAAAAAUUAGGGAAAUUGUUAUGGACAACAUGGAGUCGGAGAAUUUGAAGAACAAAAGUGAGCAAACAAACGAACUCAUUGCAACAUUGAAGGCGGAGAAGGAAGAACUGGAAUCAUCUCUCAGCAAGGAGAAGAUACACUCUUUACAACUAAAGCAAGAGUUUGCUGAUGCGGAGAACCGUAAUUCCGAGCUGUACAAGGAGCUGCAAUCUGUACGUUCGCAACUUGCAGCUGAGCAGUCGAGAUGUUUCAAACUUGAGGUCAACGUUGUGGAGUUACGACAGAAGCUCCAAACAAUGGAAACAUUACAGAAGGAACUCGACCUUCUACAGCGACAAAAGGCAGCUUCUGAGGAGGCCUUGAGGGCAAAACAGAAGCAGGGCUCAGGUGGUGUGUGGGGUUGGCUGGCUGGAUCCCCUCCUCCAGAAGAAGCCUGAUUUCUCAAGCCCCCCACAUUGGUUAGUGACCAUUAGCUUACAAUUGUUACAAUUUUCCUUCAAUUACAGUUGAUCCCCACCUUCACAUAGUAAUUCUUCUUCAACUGAUAAUAAGAUUGUUAGUUUUUUUCUUCGUCUUUUGUUCCUUCCAUUAGGGAACCCAAAUGAAUGUGUUAUAAUAUAAACGUCUGAGAUCUCAGUGCUGUGUAUUUCUUUUA